UGCUUUUGCUUAAAGUUCAGCUUAAUCAAGACGAGUUGUAGACAAAGUGACAAGGUUCUGCCUACCACCUCUCUGAGUUCUGGUGUAAAGUUGAGAGAGUUUGCUUAACUAGUUUAACAGAGAACAAGUUUAACAGAGGCUUCUAGAGUUAGUGGAUUGUAGUCUGAGUCAAACAAGUGUGCUACUUAUUUUUGCUCAACAUCCAGACAGCCAUGGAGGGGAGAUUACCCCGUCGGAGAUCUCUCUGGGGAGACAAGUCCAUAUUUUGGUUUUGCUCGGUUUUGUUUUGCCUAGGCCAAGCUGAAGGUAAAAGCAAGAUGUCCCACGCCCACUCCACACUGAGUGUUUCACCCCCCCACCUGUACUACACCUGUCCCGAGGGUGCAACUGUCAAACUGGUGUGUAACCAAAGAGGUGCCAUCUUGUACCCCAAUGAAGUCUUGAGGCGUAGCUGGCAUUUCACACCCCACAGUGAUCAGCACUGUGUGGGACGGAAGGGCCCACGCAAUACUACCGUGGGCAAUGGCAACCACAGCUCUUCACUGGGGUUGCAUUUUGGAUUCACACACCACGACUUCUGGAUGGUUCUGCAGAACGUGACCCACUUUGACCAGGGUCGCUACUGCUGUAUGAUCCUAGACAUCCAUAAACACGACUCCCUCGUGCAGAAACCCCACAGCCAUGUAAUUCUCCAAGUUACACCACGGAGAAACGGAUCUCAGAACUGCACUAUCUGGGAUCCCACGCCACCUGGAGGCUCCGUGCCAGCGGCCUUGGCCAUUGCAGCCUGCAUCUUGGCUCUGCUUUCUCUGCCUCUUAUUCUGGUGCUUGUGUACAAACAGAGGCAGAAUGCCCAGUCGAGCAGACGUGCACAAGAGCUGGUGAGGAUGGACAGUGAGGCUCAUGGCCAUGAGAACCCUGUGUUUCUCGGAGGAUCACCGCAGAUUAAGACCCGAACCGUUUCUCAGAUCAUGACCAGGCAGUCCUCAGAGACAGGACGCCACCUGUUGUCUGAGCCAGGAACCCCCCUUUCGCCCCCUGCACAUGGGGAUGUAUUCUUCCCAAUAGAAGACACCAUCCAUGAGUCUCCAGACUUCCUGCAGGUUUAAAGUGGGUUGGGACUUAAUUCAUCGCUCUAACUGCUGACCUGGAAACAGUUCUGCAACUCUCUUCCUCUUCUUUCUGCCUCCAGAGCGAUGUUACCCUUAUCAGCUGUCUCACAAUAACCUCUGCUGGGAUUGUCGUCUGUACGUUGUCUGGACCGCAGGAGGGAAUGGGCGGCGUUUUUUAUUCAAAAAGUAUUUCCACCUGCAACAACAGCUGGAGGCCAAGGGGAAACUUUUGCUUGUGCACACUUGUGUUGUAGCGGGGGCUGGGUUUACGUGUGAUGCUCCAUCUGCAUGCUGCUGAUAAUGACUCGUGGACCAACAGGUGCCGGCCGAUAGAGAAGAAUCUAGUGUUGAGGGUGGGGGUCCCGCCAUGUGCAACGGUGGCAUGUUAAGAGUGAUAAAACAGUUUCUGUGGACUCGAGGGCUGCUUUUACACCUAUUCUUUUGGUGCAGUUCAGACAAACUAUGGUGGAUUUAUUUGCUUGGUUUGGUUCAGUAAAGCCGGUGUGUAAUUCAAACCCUUUCGCAGACCAAAGAACUGCGCUCUAACUCUGGUGAAGUCAAAGCAGACCGACCUCAGGAUAAUGCGAUAGAAAAUGUAUGACAAUGAGUUUAAACUUUAAUCUUUUGACACAAUCCAUUUGCUGUUUGUUGGAACUGUCAUAGAAACAAUCCCCCUUAUAAUGACACAAGAUCAUUUGGUAACCAUGGUUGUAUGGUAUGCCCGUCAGCGCAGGGAUGUUACGUCACACAUCAGAGGGUGAAAAAAGGUGGUAACAGAAGUGUGUGUUGCUUGCGUCCUACAUAGCAAGCAAGUCUACAAGCUGUCACAGUGAUAAAUAUUUUAUAAUUUCUUUGAACCGAACCACAGGUGGGAAAGCGACCGAAGGCUCUUUCUCAUCUCUCUCAUUGUAAUAAAGUGCUCAGAUAGCAUUAUACCAAAGGAGGCUCAAUCGCCAGAGAAGUAUCAGUGUUCUUGUACAAGUUGAGAGUAAUUUUUUGUUAUGGCAUUUCACUGUUCCUCUGUAUCAGUUCCACAUGGCCUGAGCUUCUUUUCUCUUACCUCUUUGCUACCUCAGCCCUGCUUCUCUAAAUACUCUCCUUCCUUCCUGUACUUAGAAACACAGCAAUAUUGGCCUGAAAUAUGUUCAAAUAUUUUAGAGAAGUAUUUAGAAAAAAAACAUAACUGUUGGUUUUUUGAUAAGUUGUUCAUGAAUGUCAUUCAUGCUCAUGUGCAGUUAAAUAAUUAAACAAUGUUUAUUGUUUUACUCUUGAAUGUAUGCAAACAGAUUCUUAAUUAGAAAACAGCAUCAUAAAACUGCCAACAGUUUAAUCACUUCCACCUCACUGUUAUUUUUCAUCCUGCUUGUUCUCUUUUCUUUUGUCUUUCAUGUGUUAUUUUUCUUCUUAAUUAUAAUUUGAAUAAUUUGAUACAUUACUGAAACCAAGGUCUUAUGGUUGAGUAUUUGUGUUUGUAAGUGUGUGACUGUUUGUCUGUGUGUGUCUGUCUGUCUGUCUGUGUGGUUACAGUUUCAAGAAUAACUUUGUGGUCUGGUUUAAAUGUGUGUGUGCAUUCUUGUAUGCAAUUCAGCAUCUGUAUGUAUGUGAUUGUGUGUUUUAUACUGUAAAAAGCUUGUACGAGACACAAACCUGGAGUUGUGUAAUGCAUAUUGCACAUUGCAUUUAAAUUGUCUUGGUUGUAGCUUGUAUAAUAAAAUGGAGCUCUUAAACCUUAAAA